AUGACGGCGUGGACACAACCUGUCGCCAUGGACACCCUUCGAUUGAAACCGCGCCAGCCGGUCGUCGACGAUAUCGAAAACUGGGACGACGAUGAUUUUCUAAUAGACGACGACAUCACCUUCCGUAGCAGCGGCUCCAAUGUAACUGGCCAACUCACCCGACGUGGAUCCCACUCUUCGUUUCGAUCCGAGCGCGAAUCUAUCCAGGGCGAGGAGCAAUGCCUGCAACUCCCUGAUGUAGAUGACGAAAAGUCAACAUUAGAUGCGAUUGCUGCCGCUGCAUCAGCCGGAAUUCCGCUACCUAGUAACAUUACCCCUUCGGCGUUGAUGGGAGGCACCAUCAAGAGACUUGGAGGCCGAAAAAUCAAGAAAAUCAUUCAAGAGGACUGGGAGGAGGAUCUGGAACUUCCCGAACCCGGACGUGCACUGCGAAUCAAGCCGCAAGACAGCUCCCGAUUUCCAGAGUCUCUACGCCAAAUCAGCAGCUCAACGACGACCAGCCCCGUAAAGCCGACCAAGCCAGCACUGGUCACUCCAGAGCAGAAGGGGCGCCAGUCGAGCGCCGCUUCGAGCAAUAUUAAUCUCGACAAAUACAAGGACAACGAUGACGACGACGACUUUUUUGGUGAUGGAGCUGAUACCAUCAAGGUGUCAAAGACCCGCCAGGUGCUCAAGCCGGUUUCACUGAUAACACCACCCACGCCGAGCAAGAACGAAGGCGAUGAUGAUUUCGAAGCGGACUUGGAGCUGCCCUCUGACGGCAAGCUCAAGCUGUCUACCCGCAAGGAUAUCCCAAAGACCCCGUCCCUGAACACCCUGGAGGACUUUGACUGGGGUGAGGGUAGCCUUGGGACGAGGUUUGGUGGCACUAGGCGCGAUGGUCGCUCGGCUCGGAGCUCGUCUGUUUCGGCGAUGAGCCCCAGCAUUGCAAGCUCUUUGACCGCCGAAAGCGAGGACGAGGCCAUGGAUGGUUUGGUCUUGCCAGAGGGACCAGUAGACUUUACCGAGAGGCUUCAGAAGCGACGGCCAAGUCCAUCACCGGAACGGCAGCCUAUUCAGGCACCUCAGCUUGUACAGAAGCCUCCACCGCUCAAGGCUGCCCUACCAACGCCUACUUCAAGAGCCGAGCCCGAGAAAGAGGAUUUCUUGAGUGGCCUGGACAUUGGAAACGGUGAGGUGUUUGACUCUAGCAAGCUUACUCUUCACCGCAAUGUCAAGGUCAAGGACACCAGGACAGGUAGUCCGAGUCGACCAAAGACUGCAGCUUCCAUUACUUUCACCAACAAAUCUAGCGGCGCUGUGUCUCGUCUGCCUCGUCCCAUGGGAGGUCAUGAGAGAACACAUACUUCGUCCUCAUUGGAACCCGUCUCGGAAAGCGGGGGCCCAAUACCUCAUCCCCGCAGAUCACAGUCAAGGCUGGGCCAUUCUUCCCAGUCUUCAGUCACCAGCCUGCCUACUCCAACCACUCCCUCAUCUACUCAUUCCGUGCUCCCUGCCACACCGCGGCGGCGAGAGAUAGGUCACAAAACCUCGAACACAUCAUUGCACAAUGAGCCUACAACGACAAACGCCCAACUCUUGCGACUCAAGCGGUCUCUGCCAGUAAUGAGGGCUCCGAUCUCGCCUGCACGUCCUCCUACGCGUGGCGGGUAUGAACGCCCACCAUCUCGGAGCGACACGCAAUCGCGACCAUCCUCGUCCCACAUGAGACCCAAGACGCCAGUGGAGCGAACCAGAGCCGGACAGGAGAGUGCAGCAGCGCAGGCACGAAGGCACCCCGUUCCUUUCUUCGCUGGAGGUGCAUCAAACUCGCAGUCGCAUCACGUGAUGAGCAAAACCUCGCGUACCUUUCGCCGCCAUGAUUCCGAUACAGGCAUGGACCUGAGGCCAUCUUCACGUGCCGUGUCGAGAUCAACGAUGCGGUCGCCUAGUCCGAGCAAGAGGUCCCGUGUAGAAAGGCUUGCGCAAGAGAGCAUGAUGCCGGUGAAGCCUCGACGUCAAAGACACUUCGGGGAUGGAAACGAACUGGACGGGUUUGACGAUCUCGCAACUUCUGCCCAGGCCGAGGCGAAAUGGAUCAAGCAGCCAGCAAGUGGAGCCAAGGCUCACUUGAGAAAUAAGAUGUAUCAAAACGUCCACCCGGACCGGAACACACCCUCCCCUGCGUUAUCAAACGCCACUGCACCUUAUUCGCCGGCAAGAUCCGAUUACACUCCUCGUUUCGCCAGGGACACCGCAGCAAGUAGGAUAGCCCGAGAGACAUCUCUCGCUCAACGAGCACCAUCAAACGGACCCUUGGCUCCCCUUACAAGCCAACGCGUUGCUCAGCUUACGACACGGAACAAUUUCAACAAUGCACACUCACAAGCGACGGUUCGCUCAAAGAAGACGGCCAAGAGGCCACCCCAGUUGAAACCCUUCCUGAUUUCUAACCUCACCACUACGCGAGAAACAAAGACUGUCAAAGGAAUGGUAUACAACCCUGAAACGUAUCGCUGGGAGGGCAAUGACAAUGCACUUGGGGCCUUUGAUGCCCCCGCAUCUUCGCCCUCGACGGCAUCGAUUCCUAACUUCACGAGGGAACGAGAAAAUGCAACACCACGCCCAGCGCUCAUCACACCCAUUGGCGCGACAAAGGGUGUCCAGGUCGUCGGUGGCAUGGUUUUCGACCCUCAAAACAUGUGCUGGCUCAAAGUAGGAUCGCACACCACCGCGGGUAGUGAAGCUGAUCCAAUGGACGGUUUCAACGCCCUCGACGACGAGGAUGACGUGUUCAAAGAUAUCCCCGAUUUGGAGGACACGUCGGCUAAAGCACACGAUGGCGCAAACGUCGGUGGUCGCAUGAGCGACAUCAAGGACGAUUGGAUGGUCGGCGAAGAGUUUGAUGUCGGGCCGGAGUUUGUCCGUCGGCAACGGGAAGAAGAGGCCAAGUGGAAAAAGAAGUGCGAGCAAUGGCUCAGCCCUCAGCCGCGCGAUCGUGAAGCUUGGCGUUGGACCAUCAGAGAGAUCGUCCUUGGCAUUCAACAAUAA